UUUCUAAUUUGAUAAACGUCCGCGGGAUCAUAUGAAAAAUUAAGGUUGAAAUGGUCCUAGCAGGUAUGAAAACGCGUAAUGGAUAUUCGCAUUGAUAUUUUCUUCAUCAGUGUGACAACAUUACUUCCCAAGAAAGUCUGAGAUAAUAGUCGGAAUGGUGCUGUGAUUAGUGCCACCUCUGUCUUUCAAAGGCGACAAUCUAAGAAAGCAACAAUGGCAACCGCACAGGCGAUAUUUCCUGUUCUGUCUCAUUUCGUUGUUGCAUUUUAUGUUUGUCCUGCACUUCCAAGGGAACAUGCAUCAUCGGUGAGCAGUGCAUAUUAGAAACUGUUGUCCAAGUACAUUUGCCAGAACAAAGAAGUCGUGCAAUUAUCUAGUCGAGCCUGUCGUGCAGGUAAUGUCGUCCUCCACUGUGACUGGGACUCUGACUGGAGGUUGCGUAACAUCUAACAGAACUUAGAAUGGACCGUGAAGAGGAAGUGAAGAAAGCCUUAUCUGAUUUCCUGCAGCAACACAACUUGCAUGAAGCUGUCAGCUGUGUAGAUGAGAUUGUGCUGACAUAUCUCCUCAGCAUCCUCGAUGAACUUGGGGACACUGAAGACAAUGUGGACGCCGAACACUUCUGUGAAAUGAUGGCAGCUUACAUGCCAGGCUUUGAAAACAUCAACAGUGUAGGUGUGUGGGAAUGGAUGUUUUCCCUGUCGGGCAAGCUGACUGGCAAAAGUAAAGAUGAGAAGAAGACUGUCCUAUCCUCCAGCUCUGUGGACGCUGGGAAUGGGGACACUCUGGCCGUGAGCGGGAAGGUCACAGAGGAAGUUGGUAGGACAUUGACCAAACACAGGGACAGGAGCAGUCAGUCAGAUGAAGAUGAUGUGAAGCCCUCUGUAUCAGACGGUGGUGUGAGUGAGUUUGACAGCCAGGUGGCGCUACUCUCUGAGAUGUUCCCAGACACAUGUGCUAUGGAAGCAAGGCAUUGUGUCUCUGUGUCACAUGGACAGAUCGACGAAGCAGUCCAACUUAUUCUCCACAGACAAGAAACAGGAAACUCCAUCAUCGAACCAGGGGAGACAAAUCUACAUGUCCGGAAUAAAGGCUGCAUGUUGGCUGACAAACAACUGAAGGAGUUAACAUUAGCAAGAUACAGUUUUGUCGACACAGAUGAUGACAAGAAGACCCAUAAGCCCCCACCCCUCAAGCAGGAAUCCAAGAAGCUGAUCCGAUACAGAGAGGGACAAGUUGUCAGCACCAAGGGGGAGAGAUUCUCCGAGGUCAAGAAAAAUGAAUCUGAGGAAAUGAAGAAGACUUAUGUGUCACUCAAACCAGCUCGUAAAUAUCGCUUCCACUGAGCGCAUCCAGAUCUUUCAACCAAACAGAUUCUUUGUUACAUUGCAGGUGCUAAUUGUCCUCUAGCACCAGUCAAAUCAACUGUUAACAUUCACACUUUGAUGAUAGCUUGUUCACACAGGGAGUACUGUGAGAUCUCAGUUGUAUUCAAAUGCAGUUUAUGUCAUCAAUAUUUUUACAUUUGUUAUAAUUGUUGGGCUAAGAAAAUAGAAGUGGACUCUCAUGCAAUGACUUGACGCCUCAUGGCAAUUUUGUGGGUUUUUUAUUUUCAGCUAUAUAAGCGUCAGAAUCUUAAUAUUUAUCUACAAGCAUAUAAAUGUAAACGCUUUUAUAUUGUUUUGUCAGAUCUGUACUCUGACACAAUAUGAACUCUGUAAAAGAUCUGAUGUUACGGUGCAGAGGCAUCAUAUCAGAGUUUUCUGAUGUUUUGUUUUCCUUAUGUUAAAAGGCCGUAGAUCCAUACAUCUCAAUGAUCUAUUUCCUUAGCCUAACUUGACCUCUCCAAUUCCAUGGUGAUUUCUCCAGCUGCUUGCCAUGUAUCUUUUAUACCUCAGUUGUCAAUGCAAUUUGAUUCAUUAUCAUAUAUAUUGUCAGUGUUUAAUCUUAAACUAGGUGUUGAUGCUAGUUGAUGGUUUUAUUGUGUAGUAGACAAACUAAAUGUUACAUGUAUGUGUAUGCAAAGUGCAUGUUUUAUGUGCAAUCAAUUUCAUCCUAAAGUCGUAAGAAAUAUCAGCUGAAUGUAUUUAGUCACCUAAUAAAAUUUGUGAAUUGUUUUCAACCAACCUAAUUCAUUCUUAUCCAUGGGACAAUGAAAAUUGAAACACUGUUUAGAUAUAGUAUCACAAAGUUUGGAUGUUCAAAAUGUUUUAUUCCUCAUGGUCAUGUUCCUAAUACUUGAGAAGUGCAGGCAUUUCUUCCCUACAUUGUGUACAUUAUUUAUAUGCUGCAUGCUGGCAGUGAUGGCUGCACAUUGCUGGUGGUCCUAGAUGUUUAUUGCCUCUUGGUGUCAUGUAGCAUAAUGCAGUACAGUUGUCCCGUCUAUAACAUCUGUACAACAUCAUGGAUCUCUCAGCUGGAAACUGGGGGACACUGGGGCAGCCAGAUUGCUCUACACAAGAAGGCCGUUGGAUAAUAAUUGUUACUUUCAUGUUAUGUGCUGAUAUGGUAUCUCAAGACAUUCACCUAGUAACAGACUUGCUACAGAUAAAUCAAGUUAAUUACCUCCUUAUGUCUGCAAGAUAUGUUGUUAAAUAAUCAACUCAUGUUUUUUAUAUAAAAUUUAUAUUCAUGUAUUUUAAUCAAAUUUUUUAAGUCACCACUGUGAAAUUAGGUCUAUUUCAACAAAUCCCAAAGUAAUGUUUGGUACUUGCAACAAACGUGUCAUUUCAAAUGAGGAGACCUACAGAAUCCCUGAAAUACUCAUCUUUAUACUUGUAGGUUCUACUUCUCUUUCUUCACAACAACUUAGAUAUUUUGUCAUUUUUGUACAGUAAUGCUGAUGUGUUGUGUGAAUAAAUGUUGACAUAACCUU